CAAAAGCAACACAAAGCGCUGAAUGUCUCUGGAUUCUACAGGAGACUGCUUUUCUAGCUUGAGGCCAAACGUCCAGCUUAAACUUGAAAAUGUCGAGAGCUCAACGUCAAAACUCCAGGGAAACUACAGGAGACAGGAGCAGCAGUCUAAGUAAUCAGGUGCUGUUCACCUCUGAAUUUAGCAAGAUGCUGACGAAAAGCACUCCCCACUUCAGUUGCUUCAGUCAGCACUCAUUCUUCUCCCGUCAUAACCCUGAUCCGCACAGGGUGAGACACAUUCAAGCUCACACCAAGCAAACCAACCUUACACCAAUGAACAACCAGAUAGGAUUGGAGGCGCUGAAGUCCUUGAAGUCCAUGCAGGAGGCCAUGGUCAGCCCUAGGAUUCUCCAAUCCAACUCAAAGAGAAUGCAUAAAAUAAGUUAUUUUCUAAUUUCAAAACAUGGCAUGGUUAUAUACAUUUCCUUGUUUCUGCAGUGCCAUACAGAAUAAUAUAGCUAUGGUCAGAAGAGGUGCAUACCGCCACCUACUGUACAUCAUUGUAUAACACCACCCACUAUAUUCUAUGUUUUAGUUUUGUAUUUCAUAAAAAUAAGAAUAAUGCUUUAUUUAAUAUACUCUUGAUUUCCCCCACUAGCUCUCCUCUGUUCCUAAUAUUCCUUUUAGACUGAAUUAUCUCCCAUUACUUUAUUCCGUCAUCCAAUCCCUGCACUACGUUUACUGGCGGUGAGGAGUGUGACAGCGCAUGCGCAACGCGAAUCUACUAACGCUGUGCUCCACAAACCAGCCUGAGAUCACGUGACGCCAAGUCGCUGAUGUAAAU